UUAUGGUUUCUACUAGUGGACAAAUUGAUUGCACAGAAGUGCAAAAGCCGAUAGGGCCUCAACCUCCAACAAGUUCACAGUUGAACAAAGAAGUCGAUGAAGGUGAAAUUAGUGACGAGGUAUUUACUGGUGAUGUUGAUACGCGAAACGCUUCACCUUCCAAAAAUCAACAAAAAGAAACAAUGAAUAAUGAAUUGGAUGCCGUAACUCUCAGUAAUUUGGUGCGUGCUCCACCACCUGCUGUUUCUCGUUCUGUAAUUGUCCAGGCUUUAUAUUUACUUAUUGAACAUCACAAUAAUAAAGAGAAGCAAACAGAUUUGGAUGAAUAUACGAUUACUUGUCGUUUGCGAAGCAGAAACUCGGCAACUCAAGGAAAAGAAGGCGCUAUUGUUCGCCAUAAAGAUGGUCCGUUUAACCAAACCAAUCAUAUUUUUAUUGCUUCACGCCUUCGAGAUCUUGAGAAACUUGGCCGUGCAAAACUUGUCUCUUCAAAUGCAAGAUAUGAGGAAAUUAAACAACCGGCACCUAUGAAUUUAUUUACGCUUAUUCGAAUUGCUAGGUUAUUUUUUCAAAAUUUUUUUCAAAAAAAUAUUUUUAGCGAGCGUUUAAAUUUUUCUCCAAAAUAUACAAUGGAAUUGGCAAAUCGAUUGCAUAAAAGCAAGCUUUUAACAAAUCCGACAACGUUUGCUAAAGCAUAUCCGGCUGGAUUUCCAAAUGAAGAUUUUAUUAAAAACAUUAUUAAACAAGCUGAUGAACUUUGUAAGCUGCGCGUUGACACAAGGGUAAGGCAUUUUUAACGGUUAAAAUAAAAUUGAAUUUUAAGCAUUUCUCAAAUUUUUUAAACAUUUUGUUAUUCAACCAGACUAAUUUUUUGACACCUCAUUUUUUGUUUCCUCUUUGAGGCUGCAAAAAUUGUACCUUAUUACUAGUGGUGUCUUAAAUGCGAUAUUGCUUAAGUAGUAGAGUUUUACCGAAAGUUCCGGUUCUGGAAAAUGCCCGCGUUUUUUUGGUUUCUAUUCCGGGAUCCGUAGCUCAAAAUGAAUCCGGUUUUAGUCAAAAUAUUGUUUCCGGUGAAACACUUAGGCAGCUACUCACCAAUUGGCCAAUUAUUGAAU